AUUUUAAAUUACGACAAAUGUCUGCAACAAUUUGGCCUUACUUCAAUAUUCUAGUUUAACAUAAUUUAUCUAUGAGUGCACGUCAAAUGAGUUGUUUUCUAUGUCUCAAAUAUUAUUGUUUGUUUUGAUUUUUGUUGGAUUUUUGUAAAAUGGAAGACGAAGAUCUGAUCGAAAAUUGUGACGGAGACAGUGUGGAAAAUGUUCCCCCAAAUGAUAAAGAGACUAAAGGAGUUUAUUAGAUUGUGGGAAACUUAUCCGGAACUAUGGAAUAUAUCAUCUAAAGCAUAUCGCGACAAACUGAAAAAGAACAUUGCACUCGAUAAUUUACUUGUGAUAUAUAAAAAAAUUAAACCAUCAAGCACGAGAGAAGAUGUAAAAAAGAAGCUGAAUUCUUUGAGAACUAAUUUCAGAAAAGAAUUAAAAACGGUCUUCCAAUCUAAAGCUUCGGGUAAAGGAACCGAUGAACUUUACGUUCCAUCCAGCUGGACUUAUUAUGAACUACUGUUUUUAAAAAAUGAUGAACAACCAAUACCUUUAAGGCAGAGAGACAACAUUGACAGAGAGACACAAGAACAGGAAAAAUAUUCAGUGUCAUCUAUGGAUCCACCAGCGACACCCCCAACUCCUACCCAACCAAAGAAAAAGAAAGUUAGUGGCAUUGAUCAUCAAACUUUUAUGGAGCAAUAAUUUUAAUUUGUGUCAUUUUUAGAAAAAGCUGAGAACGAAAAUAUUCAUUCUGAAGACCAGGAAGAAUAUCACUUAGCCAAAUUGUGGGCUUCAAAAUUACGAAAAUUAUCUAGAAACCAAAAACUGUGUGCGGAAAAAGCUAUAAAUGAUAUUUUGUUUGAAGCAGAACUUGGUAAUUUGAAUUAUAAUUCCAUAAAAAUAAAUGAGUCUACAAAAAGUAAUGCAUCUCCACAUCCAUAUUCAGCAACACCUACCAGCACAUAUUUCAUACCAUCACCACUAGCAUCACCAAGUACGCAGAAUAGCAUCAUUUCUUACCAAUCAAAUCCAUCACCGCAACCUGCAUCACAACCUGCUUCAGUUAAACACUUUGAUUUCUCUCAAAAACAGAAAUUGAAUCAAACUACUGUGUACCCUAAUGAAACUGCAACACUAUACAGUUCUGGUGAUCCAUCUCAGAUCAUAUUAAAGCCCAGAGAGAACCCAUCACAACAACUCAUCUCACUCAAUUUGGGCAAUCAAGACACUUUGUAUGACACUGAUAUACAUGGUGAUACUAAGGAAGCUUCUGCAAAAAUCAGUAUCAAAGAUUUCAUUGACAAAUUUGAAUUUAAUUAAUGUAUACAAAUUGUUUUUUAGUGUAAAAGUUUUGAUUGUAGGAAGCUCUAUAAUAAUUAAUAAUUUUUGUCUUAAUUAUUUUUUUUAAUAAAAAUAUUGAUUAAA